GACCUGGCCAUUGACAAAGUUGUAUAUAUUCGCGGCUUAUAAACCUGCGUGGAUUGAUUGUUAAUAAACUAGAGAGUUUACAAAAUUAUUGGUUGUGUAUUACAUACAGAUGGUUGAAUGUGAGCUAGAAAAUUGAUGCAUAGCGGAUGUACAUAGACGGACUAUCCACACAGAUUUAUGAGUUUUCAUUCGAUCACAUAAACAUUGGGAGACAAUCAUAAUGAGAAGCUUUUCUCAGUUAUUUACAUCCUUGUUGUCUGACUUAAAGCAUCCACACUGCGGUCUGUGCUCAGUGUCAGCUUUCCAGCCAGACUCUCCUCACAUCCUCGUCUUCCUGCAAGACAUCGCAGCUAACAUCAUGAUGCGCUCGGUCCUCAGUGUCUGUGUGAUGUUUACUCUUCUACUACAAGGUUUGAAUGCACAGAGUGAAGUCCGGCUUGUGAAUGGAACUGCCCCAUGGAAUGGUGUCCUUGAGGUGUUGUUCGAAAGAACGGUGUGCACAGUGUGUGACCAGAGGUUUAGGAAACAAGAUGCACAGGUGGUCUGCAGGAUGCUGGGCUUCAACACGUCGCAAGUUUAUACAGCGUCGCUAUUUGUAGACAUUCGGAGCUACAACCAUAUCAGGUUUGACGAACUGAGUUGUACAGGCGAGGAGACCAGCUUAGAGAUGUGUAGUGGUAGAUGGAUUAGCUUUCUCCCCCGGUGCUCCUAUGUCAUUGGUAUCACAUGCAACUCACAAAACAUACAAAUAAGAUUGAUCGUCAUGCCACCUAACAGACGACAGGUAGAGAUAGACAUCGGAGUUGGUCAUUGGAGGCCAGUGUGUGUGUCGACUAACAACAUUGCCAGGGUCGUCUGUAGACAGCUCGGCUUACCAUGGCUUGGUGCCAGGACGUUUUUAUAUGAAGACUUUUCGAUGCCUGGUCAUUUUUCAUCUUGCCAUGGGAAUGAGACUAGCAUCGCUGAGUGUCAGCAUGAGAUAUCUAGUGACAGAAAUUGCCAGGAAUACACCAUCAUUUGCAGUAACUAUCUUCUGAACAUCCAUACAAACAGUAGCAGAUAUCCCUUAAUGCAGGAAACAAAUGCUACUUUAAAAUAG